AUUACAAUAAUCACAAUAAAAAUCCAUAAGAAAAUGUAACGCAAUAAAAGAUAAUUUCUCGCGAUUGAGCAAGAGCAAAGAAGUGAACGAAAACGGUUUCAUAAUACAAAACCUUGCUCAAAUAUGUUUGCACGUGUGUGUGUUUGUGUGCAAAAGUGCGUAUAUUUGUCUGAGUGAUAAUAAUAACUGAAGCACAAGAAAAAUAAAUAUAAUAUAAAUAAGGAUACGCGGAAUUGAUAUAAAAGGAUUGUUAUCGCCGCGACCGGACAUUGAUAAAAUCAAGAACAACAGCCAGCCUCAGAUCUGUGGACUAUUAUCGAAAGGCAGCAACAACAGCAACAACAACGUCGUCUGACAGCUGCCAUAAAAUAAAAGCACUGGCGUCAGCAAUGGCCAUCAUGGCCAGAAACCAGAUCCUUUCAUAUGCGUUCGCCUGGAGAAAGCAUUAACACAAGUUCCGAGAAAAAUAUUGGAAAAUGAGUACUAUGCACUUGAAAUCAGACAAUCAAGGCCACGCCUGUCAAGUAGUCGACUAUAGAUAGUGUAUUCCACACGGAAGCUUUGACAACACAAUUCCACGAUAUUCAAGUUCGUUAAGGAGAAUCGAGACUCGCAGAUCAUGUGGAAUAGCCCCCGGUCAAUGCUGCAGCUGCGCCUGUUGCGCUUGAUGCUGCUGUUAUCGGUUGCAUCAGUUGGCUGGUUUGAUCACGCUACAGCCUCCACGCACGAUGUCUACAACGGAGCGCGACCGGGACAUCGGAUCGUGCAGACCCGAUAUGGACGCUUACAUGGAAUGAUUCUGCCGUUGGACAACUUUCGCUAUCUACGAUCAGUGGAAGUGUUCUUAGGCGUGCCCUAUGCCACGCCUCCGAUCAAACAAAACCGAUUCAGUCCAACUCGUGCUCCAGCACCGUGGGACGGAAUACGUAUCUCCGAUAAAUACAGUCCCGUUUGCCCGCAACGGUUGCCCAAUAUACAAAAUGAGACAGCCGCCUUGGAGAAGAUGCCAAAGGGACGCCUGGAGUACCUGAAAAGGUUGCUGCCAUUUUUAGAAAAUCAAUCCGAAGAUUGCCUAUACCUCAAUAUAUUUUCGCCUGUUGAUGGCGUUGUCAUACGACCCGGACAUUCCAAUCUCGAUAUUGAUGAUUUAAUGACGCGCAACUCGAAGCGCUCUGCAGGCGAUGCUGGCGCCCAGUCAGCCGGCGGCAAUGGCGGCGGAUCCGGCGCUGGUGGCUCCGCUUUCAGCGGUGGCUCUGGCUACUUUGGAGGAGGCGCGGCCACGGCCAACAUUGGUGGCCAUUAUGAUGUGCUCUUCGGCGUUGUUACGGGCGAGUCCAUUUGGCGCUUCAGCGCUCACGACAUACAGAAUGGCUUCGAGGGCGAGAGACGAGAUAAAAUUAUACGCACUUAUGUGCGCAACGCUUACAACUACCAUCUCAAUGAGAUAUUCUAUACGAUUGUCAACGAGUACACGGACUGGGAUCGCACUUCACAGCAUCCGAUUAACACGCGCGAUACGGCUGUCGCCGCGUUAUCCGAUGCCCAGUUCGUGGCGCCCAUAGUGCGCACUGGGGAUAUAUUGGCGGCCAAUUCGCCACCGCCGGUGAGCUCGGCGACGCCCAGUGGAGCGGCGAGUGCCGCCGCCUCGACCUUGGCGGCGUCUACGCAGCCCGCGGGUCGCUGCUACUUCUAUGUGUUCGACUAUCAGACCAAGGAUGGGGACUAUCCCCAGCGCAUGGGCACAGUGCAUGGCGAGGACUUGCCAUACAUAUUCGGCGCACCGCUCGUCGAUGGCUUCAGCCACUUUCCGCAAAACUACACCAAGUCGGAGACGGCGCUGUCAGAGGCCGUCAUGAUAUACUGGACGAAUUUUGCGCGCACCGGCAACCCGAACGAACAUCAUCGCCAGGACUCUGUGCUGCCCGUCUCAAAGGAACGCAAUCGCUUUCGCAGCAUCACUUGGGAGAAUUAUGAUCCAUUGCAUCAAAAGUAUUUGGAAAUAGGCAUGAAGCCGCGCAUUAAGAAUCACUUUCGGGCUCACCAACUCUCGAUUUGGCUGCGACUGAUACCCGAACUACAUCGUGCUGGCAUGGAGGAUGUGAUAGCCCGGCACAAUCUGUUUCGCAAUCACGACGAUAUGGAAUUGUACGAGGGACCCGUUAAGCCAGAUCCAUUUGGUCUCUCAGCAGGCACAGCAACAUCAUCGUCUUCAUCCGGCUCCUCAUCGUCCUCCUCGUCGCGCCUGCUGCUUAUCGACGAGCAAUUGAUGAUGAAGAAGGGACGCGGCCUAAAUGGUUCGACGUAUCUGAAUGGCAUACUGGGGGUUACGACCGUUGAACCGAACAAUAUGUAUACAACGUGUAUACCAAUUGGCGGCAACUACACGGGCAGUGGAGGCGGCGUAUAUGCACCGACAACACUUGCGAACGCCUCAACGGAGACCGUGGCAUCCGGCUUCGAGGCAGCCGGGUAUGCGGCGUAUUCGACGGCGCUGAGCGUAACGAUUGCCAUCGGAUGCAGCCUGCUCAUAUUGAAUGUGCUGAUAUUUGCGGGCGUGUACUACCAGCGCGACAAGACGCGGCUGGAGGUGAAGACGCUGCAGAAGCAGUAUCAACAGCGCAGCAUGCAUCAGCAGGUACCAUAUCCGCCGGAGCCCAUCAAGCAUGCCCACUAUCACAUGGGCCACUCGCAGAGCGCCAAUGUGAUUGUGGAUGUCGAGAGCCAUGGUCAGGAUCAGAGUGGCCAGGCCGCCAUGCUGCUGCAGGCAGCCGCCGCUGCCGCCGCAGCAGCCAACGAGGCAUCCAAGCCACCGCCGCCACAUAUAUGCGCCAACACGGGCUUGCAAACACAACAGCAGCAGCAACAACAACAACAACAACAACAGCAAGCACAACAGGCAGGCGGCAGUGGAAGCAUGCUGAAUAAUAUGGCCAUGGAUGGCGCUAAGCCCUCGGAUAACUUGGCCAAUGUCACCUACAGCACCAGCACCAAACAGCAACAGCAACACCAGCAGCAGCAGCAACAGCAACAACAGCGCGAGCAUAUGCAAAUCAAGAGCAUGGGUGGUGGUGGGGGCACCCAAACCUUUGGACGCGGCAGCGGCUCAGGCGGUGGUGCUGGCGGUGCGGCUGGCAACAGCAGCAAUGUGACUGGCACAGCGGUGGGUGUCGGUGUCGGUGGUGGCGCCUCUGUUGUUGUGUCAGGCAGCAGCGUUAGCUACAAUCCCGGCCUAAUGACUUUGCCCAAGGCAAGCCAAUUGCAUCAUUCCGGAGCUCUGAAUUAUGCACGCAACAACACAGCCGCCUUAAAUUUGGCAGGCGGCGGCACCGCCCUGGUGGAUAGCCGCGGCAAUGUCCUCCUCACUUCCAGCCCUGGUGGCGCCACUACCGACUGCAUGACACUGCCACGCAAUCUCAAUCGACACAAUCCAACUACAGAACUACAACAAUAUCAACAGCAGCAGCAACAGCAGCAGGUUGGUAAACAUCAGCCAAACGGGGCAGUGCUGACGGGCAUGCAGCCCCACUAUAUACGUGGUCCACGCCCACCGAUGCGUACUGCCUCCUCAUCGACAACGACCACCACCAAUAGCAGCAUCAACUCUGGCAUGGGUGCAACCGGGCCCGGUGGCAAUAUGCUGCUCGAUCAGACGCCAUCGGGCGGCAGCAGCAGCAGCGGAGUCAGCAGUGCGCCCAGCUCCUCCAAGGGACACAUACACGCCCACUCGCACGGUCACAUGUCGAGCGCCCACGGCGAGAGCUUAGCCAUGAGCUCCACAUUGUCGGCGUCCCAGCAACAACAGCAGCAGCAGCAACAGCAGCAAGUGCCACAGGCAGCCAUCGACGAGAUGCGCGUCUGAUAGGUGUCGGUCUUUGAGUUGGACUUAUAGUCAUCAACGGGGUCCAUAGAGACUCUACGUGUCGAAACGCCUGAGGAGUUCUAUGCCCUCAAAGAGGCGCAAAAACUGAACGGCCCCGAUGACAGCCAAC